GCUCCGUUUUCCGUGACGCACGCUUCCCCCUCCCCUCCGCCGCGCCCGGGCCUCUGCAUUGCCCGACGGCGCAGCAGCGCGGGGGCGGCUGCUUUCUUCGCUGGACGCCGGAGUAGAGGCCUGUGUCAAAAUGUCCACAGAAGGAGGGUUUGGCAGUACCAGCAGCAGUGAUGCCCAGCAAAGCCUUCAGUCCUUCUGGCCCAGAGUCAUGGAAGAAAUCCGAAACUUAACAGUGAAAGAUUUCCGAGUACAGGAACUCCCACUGGCUCGUAUUAAGAAGAUUAUGAAACUGGAUGAAGAUGUGAAGAUGAUCAGUGCAGAAGCCCCUGUGCUGUUUGCUAAGGCAGCGCAGAUCUUCAUCACAGAGCUGACUCUUCGAGCCUGGAUCCACACAGAGGAUAACAAGCGUCGUACUCUUCAGAGGAAUGAUAUUGCUAUGGCAAUUACAAAAUUUGAUCAGUUUGACUUUCUCAUCGACAUUGUUCCAAGAGAUGAACUGAAACCUCCGAAGCGCCAGGAGGAGGUACGCCAGUCUGUGACUCCCGCGGAGCCUGUCCAGUACUACUUCACGCUGGCUCAGCAGCCCACUGCUGUCCAGGUCCAGGGGCAGCAGCAAGGCCAGCAGACCACCAGUUCUACGACCACCAUCCAGCCUGGCCAGAUCAUCAUUGCGCAGCCUCAGCAGGGUCAGACCACACCCGUGACCAUGCAGGUUGGAGAAGGUCAGCAGGUGCAGAUUGUGCAGGCCCAACCUCAGGGUCAGGCCCAGCAGGCCCAGAGUGGUACUGGACAGACCAUGCAGGUGAUGCAGCAGAUCAUUACCAACACAGGAGAGAUCCAACAGAUCCCGGUGCAGCUGAAUGCCGGCCAGUUGCAGUAUAUCCGCUUAGCCCAGCCUGUAUCAGGCACCCAAGUUGUGCAGGGACAGAUCCAGACCCUUGCUACCAAUGCCCAACAGAUCACACAGACAGAGGUCCAACAAGGACAGCAGCAGUUCAGCCAGUUCACAGACGGACAGCAGCUGUACCAGAUCCAGCAAGUCACCAUGCCUGCAGGCCAAGACCUCGCCCAGCCCAUGUUUAUUCAGUCAGCCAACCAGCCCUCUGAUGGGCAGACCCCCCAGGUGACUGGAGACUGAGGCCUGAGCUGCAAAGCCAAGGACCCCCAACACAAUAUUUGCCAUAGAGCCCCCAGGCGAUGGGGACAUACCCUCCCUCACCAGAGGACCCGGGACUUCAUUGCCUCCUGCAGGCUAAGAUACUGGUGCACUACUCUCCACGCCUGGGGACUGAGAGCCUACAACAGAAAGAUGCAAUAUUUUUUAUUUUUUAUUUUCUUUUUUUCAUUUUUGUCUCCAAGGAAUCAAUAUUUCAAUAUAUCGAGCUAUGUGUCCAAUGCUAUGAAACGAGAAUAUUAAAUAACAUAUUUAUGGCAUUUUCUUGAAACGUGUGGUUGAAGAAAUAAUUCUCUUGUGUGUUUCCUGGCUUGGGCACUCACCACCACUGCUAAAGGGCAGGGCAGCCUGUGCUCUUCCUUCCCAAGGGUGUACAGGAUUUCCACUCUGCCAGUUCUGCCCUCAGAAAAAGAGAAAGGGUCAGACCCUUUUCCACCAGCAUUCUUCUCUGCCCCUUUCCUAGAGCCUUCCGCAUCCAGAAGAUGUGGGAACAUUUCUUGCCUGUGGGCCAUGAACUCGUUCUCCACAGAGAGCUGGUUUCCUCCCCAUCCCUUCUCUCCAAGAUCCAGGAGAACCAGGACUUUGUGCACUGUUCUGCCCACUGUUUUAUUUUUUAAAUACAUUAAAGAUUGUGCUCAUCUCCGUUGCUGCAUGGACUUCAAACUGCAUGAAAUGCAAUAAAUCUUGUUUUCGGUACUUG